CCCAUCCCCCACCGCCAAUCCACCUCCCACUUCACAUCGUCACCACCUCCCCAAACAAAAUGUCAACCACCACCAAACCCCCCACCGGCGCCGGCGCCAACAGCGCGCCCGGCGAACGCACAUACUUCGAGACGCAGCGCGCUGCUCUUCUUGGUGAAAUCGGCGUCAGCCUCGAGCACGUCCUCGCGAACAUCAAUAAACUCAAUCGCUCCCUCGAGGGUGUGAUAGCAGUCGGGAAUGAGUUUGGGUCUGUGGAGGCGCUGUGGAGUCAGUUUGAGAAUGUGAUGGGGCAUGAGCCUGUUGUGAAUGCGGGGGAAGGGGAGAGUGAGGAGGGGGGGAGUGAGGGGGGUGAGGAGGAAGAGGGGGAUGAAUCGAGGGUUUGA